AUCAAUUGUUUAAUUGUCUCAUAAACCUCCCAUUGUCUCGCUUAUGCAUAAAUUAACGCGCAGAGUAACAUGACUCGACGUCAAACGCGAAACGUAAACAUACAACACAACAUUUCACGUAUCGUGUUAUGUGCGCCACAGCGGUAUUUCCAGAGUGGUAUUUUUUGGUUGAGUACGUGAAUUUCAGACAUGUUCAACGGCAUUAACCAGAGAAUUUUCAUGUCGGUUUCGAUGUUUGGAGCCCCCACGCCGACAGUAGAUUGGAACACACGGCCGAAACCAAAGAACAAGUCGGCCAAGUCCAAGGCGAGAUCCGCGCGGGCCGAAUUUGGCAGCGGGCCCGUGAAGAAAGGAAAGGGUGUUCGGAGUCUGCUGGGCCGUCUCAACUGCUGCCUUCGGGAGCCCGAGGUGGAAACUGACUCCUUGGAUGCCAUGGAGAGGGGGGAGGCACUGGACGUGGUGGAUGUUGAUUCGGUGGAAAUCAAAACGAGCCCACAGCAGAGUGGUGGUUCCUCCAGCUGUCCAGCAACAACCCCAAGUCCGGGUGACGACCAGCAGAGCAGGCAAUCCUCAACUCCCAGUACUGAGGACGGGAAGGCUAACGAGGGGAAAAGAAGACCCUCUGGGUUGGCCAAGAAGGGCGGACUUGGUGGUCCUUUCCGACGAGCCUGCGGAUACCUCAGGGAUUUUUGGAAUAAGGGAUCGAGAACACCCAUGCCACCCGGAGGUCCCCCAGGCUUCUAUGAGGUUGCAAAUGGAUCUUGUUUCAUCCUAGAUCUUCAGGUGCCUCUGAGCCUGAAAAGGUCUCCACAAAUUCCAACGUGGAGACCAACCAUCUUACUUCAGGCAUCCCUGGACCAACAAAACAUCGUGGAAAGGGGGCAACCAGGGGAGCGGGAAGCACCAAGGAGGGGGACAGGUGGAAGGCAGUAG